CCUGCGCAGACAGCUGUUUAACAGACAGCUGAAAGUGAGGGACAUUGUUCAAAACAUCUUCUUCCUCAUGGGCAGUGCGCCAACAUACAGCGCCGUAUUGAGUCCCGGCUUGCAGACCUUUCCCGAUCCUUCUCUCUACUACUUGCCUUCCUGACUAAUAACUAUCCAAGGAGUGAUGAAGGGUUACUGGUAUACCUCUCUCUUUAUCUUCUUCAUAUUUUAUGGAACCAGCCAGUGCAGGAACACACAAACAGCAGGUCUGACCUGUGUGAGUGACUAUGUGACCAACAUUUCUUGUGUGUGGUGGAACGCUACAGCUUUCUCUGACCAGCGAUGUGUGCUUGCGGGGAAAUGUGACUUAAAAAGAUGUGUUUUUAGAUCGUGUGAACUGGUGGCACUGAGCAAUCAAUCGCAUGCUAAGAGAAGUUGUUCUUUAAGCUUUCAAAAACCUCUCUUCUUUUAUCUUAACACAUUCUGGUUGAAUGUAAGCUGUAAUGGAUCUGUCGUCACUAAACUGUAUCAUCAGCCUAGCCUUCACACGAUUGCGACGUUUGUUUGCGAGUCUGUUCGUGUGUUUGGUGAUGCAACAGUUAAAACCCAACCCCCAGAGAUGCCCACUGUAAGUGGAGACACAAUAACUUGGAGUAAAGGCAGUAACUUUCCAGAAGCCAUAAAAGAUUAUGAAUUUCAGCUGCAGUUUAAAGCCUUACAUGUAAGCUGGGAGACGACAGCAUAUAGCAAUGCCACUCAGGAAACUUACGUGGAGCUGGACCAUAAUAAACUGACUGUAGGAGAGGAGUACCAGGCCAGGGUGCGUGUGAAGCCUGUUGAGCCCACUAGAGAUGGUUCUUUUCAGGGGGAAUGGAGCGACUGGAGUCCUGCUGUGUCCUGGAGAUCUGAGAUUGGAAAGCCAGCAGUGAAAUCAGUAGUUAGUGCAUCUCCACCAGUGCCUGGUGAUAUCCGUAUUGUUCUGAUCAUUGGAUUCAACAUAUUUGUUAUUUCUGUUCUUUGUUUGGUCAUCUAUAAGGCAAAGAAAAGCAAACAGUCUGUAAAACCAAACAACCAACAUGUUCCAGACCCCUCCAAAUAUUUCCGGCCUCUUCACACUGUUCACGGUGGAAACUUCCGGAAAUGGCUGGGCUGUCAGAAUUCUGUCGGGCUGUUUCUUACCCCUCAGUCAUGUGACGAUAUCUCACCUGUAGAGAUCUCAGAUCUUUGGGACGUGUCUUCGAUGGACGCUCAGAUGUCUGCUGCUGCGUUCGUUCCCUCCAAUCAGGUGGACUCUGGCCUGGAGAACAGCGGCACUAGUCAUGCAUCAUCAUCUAUUUUCUCUAACAUGGGCUACUUCUACAGCAAAUCCAAUAGAGGCUCUCUUUAUCUCGAAUCCUGCCCCGUGUACUUCAGCUACCACCCUGAGGAAGCCUCAAGCUCCACUGUCUCAUCACCUGGGUCUUCUUACGACUGCUUGCAAACCCCAAGUUACCAGACGGAUCAACCCUUGAGCCCGGAUUCAGGGUUCGGCAUGCCUGGAGAGGAGCAUUGCGAGGAUGACCAGGAAGAUGAAGAUGGCAGUGGCGCGGAGACAUGUGCGCCGGAAAGACAAGCGCUGAUUUCCUUCAUUAUGUCGCUGUCACAGGGUUCCCACAAUGCUGUUCGGCCAGCAAAGAUGAGUUUGGCUCCGGUGGCCGUCAACACACCGCGGUCUGAACCUGUGAGAGCACCCAGCUUCAAUCCCAGCUCUGAGCCUGCACAGGGCGCCGCGGCCAGGCCCUCCUCCAUGAUCGAGCCCUGCGGGAGUGGGUAUCUGACCCUGAAGGAGAUGCAGAAAUACAGCAACAAAUCCAUCUGAACGCAGGCCUAGUCCGUCUCUGUUUUUAGAAGGGAGACCAGGGUAAAAUUUUGAAAGUCAAGGUUUGGGGUCAGUAAUUAUUUUAAUGUUUUUAAUAGAAGUCUAUUAUGUCUCUCUCUCUCUUUUUUUAUUUUUUUGUUGUUGAAAGGACUGUUUUUUAGUUUAACCUAUUUUUUAACGUAAUCUAUUCCUGUGCUGGAAAAGAUUAAUUUUCAACAGCCAUUACUUCAGUCUUCAGUGUCACUUGAUCCUUUUAGAAACAUUUUUAUUAUCAUAAAACGAUGUUGAAAAUGGUCGUGCUGCUUUAAUAUUUUUGUGGAAACUGUGAUACUUCUUCCACAUCAGGAUUCUAUAUUGGAAAUUUAUUCGAAAUAUAAAUCCUUUAUAGCAUUAUAAAUGUCCUUACUGUCAUUUCUAAUCAAUUGAUUGUGUCUUUGCUGAAUUAUAUAUAUAUGUGUGUGUGUGUGUAUAUAUAUAUAUAUAUAUAUAUAUAUAUAUAUAUAUACAUACAUAUCUUCUAUAUACAUAUGUCAUAUCUUACUGACCCCAAACUUGUGAAUCGUAGUGUACCUUAGAGGCUUAGCUAAGAAAAAAUGCUUACAGUUCUUCGAGUUAUUGUUCAGGGGAAAAGACACUGUCCUUUGUGACCACAUGCCUCACUCUAUAGGGGUGAGCUGUCAAAACGGAAACCUGACAUUAAACAGCCCAUUAUAGGCAAAGAUAUCUUCGUAAUAUGAACUGGAGUAGUGAAACUGAACUUGAAACUAUUCCUAAAGCAGAAAAUGUAUAAGAGAUGGUAACAUACUAUCAUAAAUCCUAUAAAGGAUUUAUAUAUAUAUAUAUAUAUAUAUAUAUAUAUAUAUAUAUAUAUAUAUAUAUAUAUAUAUAGAUAUAGAUUUUAUUUUAUUUUUUUCACUUUCAUAUUAGACUGUUUUGAAAUUUUAACCAUGUGACAACUAGUGUCCUGACAUUUAUUAAAUCUACCUUGUUGGAGGGCAGAAUUCACAAAAUGAUUCUAGUGUAAUAGCCACUACUAUAGAAAACAAACACAUCUGUGUAAUUGGACAUUUGAUUCAAACCCUAAAAAGUACCUUUUGUGACUGCUCCGUCUUGUGACAACUUUCCCUGGUCUCCCCUAGACAGUUUAUUUGCAUUAAUUCUUCACAACGCUGCAAAUUUAUACUUUACUGUAUUCUGUUCGCAUUAAUUAAAUGGUAUUAAAAAGGUCAACGUUCCACAACAGCUGCAUUAUAACAGCUUUAAACUGUUAUGUUCUAGAUACCUUUGUACAGCAUCAUGAUAAGCUAGAUUUGAAGGCAGGUUCUGGGUUAAACAUGACUUCAGUUCUGUUUGAACGCCAGAGCCAAUGCAAUAAGGAUGAUUUAGAGAAAUUAACAGCUCUGAUAACUGUCAAGUGAUUGCUACACUUUAGUCUGACACGUAUGAAGGAAGCGUUACAUUUCAUUUGAAUAUAUCUUGUAAGUUUGCUUGAUUGAUUUAAUAAUGUCUAAUUUAGCAAAUGUUAAGGCUAAAUAUACCUUACACAACUUUAAUUGUUUGGAGGUUAUUUCCACAACUAACCUUUUAUGUUGCUAACAUUUCAUAUUUCAAACAGAAGUAUAAUUGGUUAUGACGACUUAGUUGUUCGAGUUUCCAAAUUGAGCAUUUUUAAUACUCAAUAUCAAGCGCAAAGAAUUGCUUGAUUUAUAGCUGCUAUUAACUGUUAUUUCAUGUUUAUUUGACUGCUACGAACAUGGUAUAUAAAUGCUGCUUUUUAAAUGUUUAGAAAAAUGUUUGUUUAGAAAUUCUGGGGGUCAUUUUUGUCUGCAGGGCGAUCCAUGAAUGCAUAAAGUUGUUUGAGGUAAAACAAAUCUCUUUAGAUAUUACAACACUCCUAUAUACUGAUAUCUAUAUGUUUCCUAACAAAGUUUUAAAGCAAGUGUGUGUAGUUCUGUGCAUUUUUGCGACUAUAGUGACCCCAUCCAUGCUAAGUUAAGUGGAAUUCACUGUCGUACAAUACCACUGUCCUAAUUACAGCUGUACACUGCAUUUGCCCUUUAGCAGAAUUUGUACCCUCUCACCAAAACUACAUUCUUAGGGGAGUGUGGUAAAAGAAACAGAACUCAGUGUAGAAGGAAAAUCAGAAAACCUUUUAAUCUGACAUUUCAAGGCUAAGUGAGUAAAAACGCAGGCUACAUACAGUUGCUAUAAGGACAAUAGUUGCAUUAUUUGAGCAUUUCUGGAUCAUAGGCUGCCUUUGAAAAAGUGUUUUUGCCCCCAUCCAAAUAAAAUGUAUUAACUUUUUUCUAAUCUAUAAAAUAUGCAUUUUUGUCUGAAAUCAUUUUGUACUUGUCGCAAUCACGCAAUCCUUGUUUUAUGUUUAUCCUUUUAUAUGUUUUUAUGUUUUUACGUUUUAUAUAUUAUGUAUUCUUUUAUGCAUGUUUCUUUAUUUCAGAAUGAAAUAAAUUCCCCAAAAUAUAA